AUGUGGAAAAUCAGGGAGACUUCCAGUAUCCCUUGUGACUAUACCUGUGGGAAGAGUGUCCAGCUGCAGCUCCUGACUGACUGCAUCCAGCAGCUGAAGCUGCAGUUGGACUUGCUCAGGAGCAUCCCUGAUACUGAGAAUAUCAUAGAGAAGAGCUGUAGACACAAUAUGAUAACAGCACCGAAGAAAGGAAUGUUGCACAUCUUUUUACGUUCCAUCAUUAUUUUGGGCUGCUUUUUAACCUUGGUUAUGCUGUAUCUGAAACCAUUUCACAGCUGGAAAUAUGGACCCACAGAAGAUCUCAACAUAAAGACCCUUUUUAUUCCCUCAAAGAAUAAAACCAUUGUGCUUAUUUGGCUGUGGCCUUAUGGUCAGGCAUUUGAACUCAAUACUUGCAAAUUAGAUUUUAACAUCAAUAAUUGUUAUUUAACUGCAGAUAGGAAACUGUAUAACAAAUCUCAUGCUGUCCUGUUUCACCACUGGGACAUCAGAAGGGACUUGGCCAACCUCCCCUUACAACCUCGGCCAGCUUUCCAAAAAUGGGUUUGGAUGAAUCUGGAGUCACCUACUCACACUCCAAAGAAGUAUGGCCUCGACCAACUCUUCAACUUGACCUUAACAUAUCGACGGGAUUCAGAUAUCCAAAUGCCUUAUGGAUCUUUAACAAGGAGCAAAGUUCCAUUAGAUUUUAAAUUGCCAAGUAAAAAUGUCCUGGUAUGUUGGAUUAUAAGCAAUUGGGACUCCGAACAUGCCAGAGUGAAGUAUUACUAUAUGCUCCGCAAAUAUGUGAAAGUCGCAAUUUAUGGUCGAUUCCUCUGGCAUCGCCUAAGUGAUGAUGAUUUGAUUCCAACGAUAUCUAGAUGCAAGUUCUACCUUGCCUUUGAAAACUCGAUACAUAAAGAUUACAUAACUGAAAAACUCUACAAUGCUCUACUUGCGGGUAGCGUCCCGGUGGUCCUGGGUCCAUCCAGGGAAAACUAUGAAAAUUACAUUCCAGCUGAUUCCUUCAUUCACGUGGAUGACUUUCUCUCACCGAAAGAGCUUGCCGAUUACCUUCACAUGCUGGAUGAUAAUGAAGAUUUGUACAUGAGCUACUUCAAAUGGAGAAAAUACUAUGAAGUGAAGAUGACUCGUUUCUGGGAUGAACAUGCAUGCUCUGUCUGUGAAAAUAUUCAGCAACAUAAAGAAGAUAAAUCCCUCUCCAGUUUGGAGAAAUGGUUUUGGAAUUGA